AUGUCCGAGCAGGUGACCUCCACGUCGUCCUACGGGUUCAGCAACCCCGGCGGUACUGCCAUGACCAACUCCUUCCUUCAACAUUCACUUGGCGCGGACCAAGUCUCCGACAGCGUCAAGUCCUUGUUCCCUUCCUCGUCCACGGCCACCGCCGGCGGCCACGACGAGUACCGGGGCUCCCCGCCGGACCUCCUGUCGCGCACCACCAGCAGCCAGCCCCAGGAGCUGUGCCUUACCCUCCAGUCCAACCAGCAUAACAUGUUUAGCCAUGUAUCUCCCAACCAUCACGGUAUCAUCUCGGGUGCAGGCGUUCCAGGGUGGCCGGACCACGGCCAGAGAAUGCCAUCGUCGUGGCAUGCCUCGGACAACGACGCGGGAGAGGGCCGUGGCGCCGGCGGCAACGGCGACAGCUACAUGUUUGCAGGCAUCCUGGCGCGGCAAGGGCUGGACCAAGGCCAGCUCUUCUCGUCCAAUGGGGAAACCCUUCAGUCCAGUGCUGGCUGGGCCGCGUCUGCCCGCGCUUGGCUAGACCCUCUCGCCGGAAUCCAACAGCCAUCGGCAAUGUCUGGGCAGAUCGGAUUCAGCCAUCUGGUUGGCGGCGGCGGCGGCGGUUUUAUGGGGCUAAGGAAUAUUCAAAGACUUUUAGCAAAUUUAAAGGUUGUCGUCCCCAUAGCAAGCUACAUCCCUGAUGAUUCCAUAAAGGCCCCUAAAUCUCUGCAGCCUCCAGUAACACCUAGGCAAUGCAGAGGCCAGCAAAAGGGAGAGUUAAAUAACUUAAAAUAUGGCUGA